CACUCUCUUUUCAACGUUGCCCAGAGAAAGUUUCUCCAAAGUGUAAGAGGCGAGAGAUGAGCCUUCUCCUGUAAAAUAAGCGCGGGAAUUCUGCAUGCGCGAGCGCACCGCGUCCGAGUUGAGGGGAGCGCGUGAGUCUGAGGCUGUGCAUAGUGGCAAUGCUGUAGCGGUGCUGCGGGGUGGACGACAGGCGAGAGAGAAUGAAAUUUGAAGUGCGGAUGGAGGGCGUGAUGAAAACUCUGAGGUUUCUGCUUUUUUGUCUCACUGUCCUCCUACUGACGUCAGAAGUUAACGCAGGUGGUAAGAAGUACACCGGGCCAUGUGGUGGCCGAGACUGCAGUGGCGGGUGUCAGUGUUAUCCUGAGAAAGGCGCCAGGGGUCACCCAGGCCCACUUGGUCCUAUAGGUCCUCCAGGACCUCCAGGACGUCAGGGCGAGCCUGGUCUCCCAGGUUCUAAAGGAGAGAAAGGUGACAGGGGCAAGGGAGGCAACGCAGGCCCGAAAGGAUCACUGGGAAUGACAGGAGUUCCAGGAUUUUUAGGAUCUGAUGGUAUUCCAGGUCACCCAGGACAGGCAGGCUCUCGAGGAAAACCUGGUGCUGAUGGCUGUAAAGGAGCAGAUGGAGAUGAUGGAAUACCAGGACUGCGAGGAUCUGAUGGUGCACCAGGAUACCCAGGUCAGCCAGGAAGGAAGGGUGAGAAGGGGGACCCUCUGGAAAUAUCGGUUUACAUGGAGAGAUUUCGGGGAGAUCCAGGGUCACCAGGAUAUCCAGGAGUCACUGGCGUUCCUGGAAGGCCAGGCUAUCAAGGACGGCCAGGUCCUCAAGGUCCUCGGGGUCCACAAGGUGAUCACGGACCUCCAGGUCCACCGGGUGAAGACCCUGUAAUCCUGAAGGGAGAAAAAGGAGCACAGGGCGAAACUGGAGCGCCAGGACCACCAGGGAACUCAACAGGACCACUCACACUGCCCACCCAGGGCAGCAAAGGUGAGAAAGGUGUGAAAGGUGAACGAGGAGACUGGGAUAUAUAUGCAUACACCAAAGGAGAGCAAGGCAUUACAGGCUUUCCAGGGUCACGGGGAGAACCAGGAAGAAAUGGAAGGCCAGGAGCAAAGGGUGACAGGGGGUACCCAGGCUUUCCAGGACAGACAGGGCGCAAGGGGGAGCCAGGAGACGCAGGAGAACUGAUCUAUACAUCUGGUACCUUUGGAGUUGGUCCUCCAGGCCCUCAAGGAGAACAUGGGCCACCAGGAGAUAUUGGCCCUCCAGGGCCUAAAGGAGCACCAGGCCCCCAGGGGCGUGAUGUUGUGGACCAGCAAAUAGAGAUAUUUGGCCCUUUCGGACCCAAGGGCAUAAAGGGACAGAAGGGUGAGGCUGGAGAACCUGGGAUCCCAGCUACACGCCCUGGUCCUCGAGGCUUUGACGGACAAUCAGGACCACCUGGGCCACCUGGACCCAAGGGAUCAUGGCAGGAACAUUUCAGAGGUCCUGAAGGACCACGUGGACGUCCAGGAAAUGCAGGAGCCAAAGGGGAGAAAGGUGACCAUGGUCCGUGUGAAUGCAGAGCCCAGACCUCUCCUCCUGGAUCUCCGGGUUUACCUGGCAGUCUUGGUGACGAUGGCAUGGUAGGAGAGUGGGGUCAGCAGGGAGAUCAAGGAGAGCCAGGACCCAGAGGAAACCCUGGAUUGCCUGGCUUUCCAGGUGCUACAGGGUCUCCUGGACCGAAGGGACUUAAAGGAGUACGCGUGGAGGUUACAGAGAAAGGACCGCCUGGAGAUGAAGGAGACCCGGGCAUAUCAGGUGAGCAAGGGGAGCCUGGCCAGACUGGACGUAAUGGGAUAGAUGGUGUCCCUGGAUUUGCUGGUCCACCUGGAGAGGGUCCAGUUGGAGAGCCUGGAGAGAAGGGCUACGCAGGCAGGCCGGGUUUGCCAGGCUUUGCCGGGCCUGCAGGAAGACCAGGUCCAGUGUUUGGAACAGCCAAGGGUGUAAGAGGUUCUCCUGGAGAUCCAGGGAUUAGUGGUUAUGAUGGAACUCCAGGCCUACCUGGUAUUCCAGGAAGCUGUAGUCCAAGCGGAGACGAAGGCCAGUGGAAUACAGCAGGAAGUGGCAACGGGGAGUGUGAGGCACUACCAGGACCCCCAGGAGAGAGAGGACCCCCAGGACCCCCUGGAUUGCCAGGAUUUCUAGGUGUACCUGGUCCUAAAGGGUUUGCAGGACCUAGUGGAGGAGUGGGACUUAAGGGAGAGCAAGGAGACCAGGGCAGAGGAGGACCACCUGGAGCAAUGGGUUUCAUUGGACCUCGUGGAGACUUGGGCAGUCCUGGUUCUAAAGGUCCAGAGGGGAAUCUUGGUCCUUCCGGUAGGCCAGGCUUAGAUGGUGAGCCAGGGCUUAAGGGUCCUGAAGGUAAGGCUCUAGAAGGUUCUUCUGGACCCACAGGAGACCCAGGGUUACCCGGACAGCAAGGCAACAGAGGACCCUCUGGAGAUCGUGGCACAAGUGGAUAUCCAGGAAUGGAGGGAAUGCCUGGGAUGAUUGGCUUCAAGGGUGAAGUAGGUCCUGCAGGCUUACAAGGAGAGUUAGGAAAACCUGGACCACCAGGAAUAUUUGGCUACCCUGGGGUACCCGGACAAGCAGGACCCCCAGGACCUCCAGGCAACAUAGGGCAACAAGGUCUCAGUGGAGAAACUGGUGAUCGUGGGGACAGUGGUCCCCCUAGCUCUUUAGGACUGAAGGGUAUUAGUGGAGAGCCUGGAAGUGAUGCUGGACUAGGUGAACUUGGGCUUCAGGGAGAUCCAGGACAACCUGGCCAUGUUGGUCGGCCUGGUCUUUCUGGACUUAAAGGUUUGAGAGGCUCUCAGGGCAUGACAGGCUUUCCAGGAAUGCCUGGGAAUCCUGGUCUGAAGGGCAUCACCGGACAAAAAGGGGACCUUGGCUUUCCAGGCGUAAGAGGAGAAAAAGGAUUCAGUGGCCACAAGGGGAUAAAAGGUGAACCAGGGCUUAUUGGCCCUCCAGGCGAACCACCAUCCAUUAAAAUGGAACAUAUGAAAGAGACCAUGAAAGGCACAAAAGGUGACCAUGGAAAAGAAGGAGAUCCAGGUUUCACUGGGCCGCGAGGUUCUAAAGGUUACCCGGGGGUUCCAGGAGAAGAGGGGCAUCAUGGAUUACCUGGAGAACCCAGCCAUGAUAAGGGUGUACAAGGAUCUCCUGGAGCUCAGGGACUACCUGGGCAAAAGGGGAUGCCGGGAACUACAGGAACUCCAGGAAUUCCUGGUUUUCCUGGAAUGAGUGGACCCCGGGGGGAGAAAGGUUCACCUGGUGCAUAUGGAGCAACAGGAGAUUCUGGACUCAAGGGGAUCAAAGGUGACCAGGGUGAUACCAUAGACCUCCCUGGACCCACAGGACCAAGAGGGGAAUCUGGUCUUACUGGACCUUCAGGGCAUAAGGGUUUUCCAGGUGGGCCUGGAGAAAGAGGAAGUUCUGGUUUUGAUGGCAUUGAAGGAAUGAAAGGGUAUCAAGGUGAACCUGGACUGGAAGGGGCACCAGGUUUUAAAGGGCUACAGGGUUUUCCAGGAAACCAGGGUACUAAGGGUUGGGCAGGAGUGCCGGGAGAGGCAGGGGGCAGUGGUAAACCAGGCCAUCCUGGACAAAAAGGCUUUCCUGGACUUAAAGGAAUUUUUGGGUUGGAUGGACUUAAAGGUCAAAAAGGUCUUCAAGGCAUUCCAGGUACUGACACCCGGGGGUUACCAGGUGAGCUUGGACCGAAAGGGGAAAAAGGAGAGAUAGGCAUUCCCAGCGCAGAGGUUGGUGUCCCAGGGGUCCAUGGCUUUAAGGGUUCAUCAGGAGAUCCAGGUAAUCAGGGUGAACCAGGUCUUCCAGGUGUUCAAGGGCCUCAAGGGACACAUGGAAUCCCUGGCAGAAAGGGUGUGUCAGGAGAUAGAGGACCACGUGGGCAGAAAGGUCUUCCAGGUUUUCCUGGACCCACUGGUCCUUCAGGUUUUUCAUCUCCAUUUGGACCUAAAGGAGAUCGAGGCUUUCCAGGGGAAGUUGGAAUCACAGGACUUAAAGGGGUUCAGGGGGACACAGGAGAGAAAGGACUACCUGGACAGUCUGGAGUGUCAGGAAGAAAAGGUGUAAAAGGACAGCAAGGAAUGAUGGGAUUCCCAGGAAGACCAGGAUUCCAGGGUGAUAGAGGCCCUUCUGGUCCAAAAGGAGACACUGGACCACCGGGCUUUCCUGGUGCCCCUGGUGCUAAGGGGCUGCCUCCAGUUCCUGUGAAGGUACCAGGAGAAAGAGGGCCGCCUGGUCUGCAUGGUAUUCGUGGACCAGAUGGAGUCAGAGGGGAGACAGGCCCGUUUGGACUCCCUGGAGAUCAAGGGUUUUUGGGACCAAAGGGGCAGAAGGGGAUGCCAGGGCUACCUGGAAUACCAGGACAACCAGGUUUUCGUGGAGAUUCCGGAUCAGUGGGCCAUCCAGGCCUCCAGGGAUUAGAAGGGGCCCAUGGGCGUCCUGGUAUUCCAGGUCAUCCGGGUAUGCCAGGGCGAAGUGUCAGUGUUGGAUACCUGCUGGUGAAACACAGUCAGUCUGAGCAGACACCCAUGUGCCCUGUGGGAAUGUCAAAGCUGUGGGAUGGCUACAGUCUGCUUUAUUUUGAAGGGCAAGAGAAAGCUCAUAAUCAGGACCUGGGUCUUGCAGGCUCUUGUCUUCCCCGUUUCAACACCAUGCCGUUCUUGUACUGCAAUCCCGGUGACGUGUGCUACUAUGCCAGUCGCAAUGACAAAUCCUAUUGGCUCUCCACAACUGCCCCUAUUCCCAUGAUGCCUGUGGAGGAGGCAGACAUCAAACCAUACAUAAGCCGCUGUUCAGUGUGCGAAGCUCCAUCUGUGGCUAUAGCUGUGCACAGUCAGGAUAUAACUAUUCCACAGUGCCCUGUAGGCUGGAGAAGCUUGUGGAUUGGCUAUUCUUUCCUUAUGCACACGGCAGCUGGAGACGAGGGAGGUGGUCAGUCACUGGUGUCUCCAGGCUCAUGUCUGGAGGACUUCCGUACAACUCCCUUCAUCGAGUGUAACGGAGCCAAGGGCACCUGCCACUACUUUGCUAACAAGUACAGUUUCUGGCUGACAUCCAUCAACCAGCCCUUCCAGAGUUCCCCUGACUCCGAGACUCUAAAAGCCGGGCAGCUUCUCUCACGCAUCAGCCGCUGCCAGGUCUGCAUGAAGAACCUGUGAUUUGAAACCUAUGAACUCUGACAUGAGGGAGUGAACAUUUCAACAGUGUUAAGGUUGCCUUUCAGGUAACAAAAUUAAGCUUUAUGAUUCACACUGCGAUCAAAUUAUGGUAACUAGGAGAAUCAGGAUUGUUGCAUAAACUUGAAAUAUCAUAAAGAUAGUUUUUUGAUAACUGCACCAAAUCACAUAAAACAUGCAGAGCAAACAUUUACACUGCCAUAAAUGGCCCUCAAAGUCACUCUGUCUUAUUAAAUCCCCUUCUCCACUAUGUGCCUGAGGACUGAAAAAGACAUGUAAAUGUAUUGAGCAUAGAGAAGUCAAAGGAGCAUCAAAAGCAUAGAUAUCAUUUUUGUUUGUGUCUAUUUACUUAUGUUACAUUUGAAAUGGUGCUUGUUUUCCUAACUUAUUACCUCACUUAUUAUCAACUCCAUUCUGUGUAAUUAAUAUUACCAAGAGCAUACAGCAGAACCAAAGACGCCCAUGUUAAUGCACUGUUUCCCUUAUAUGCAUCUUCGUGUGUCACUGUGUGCACCACUGCCACACAAAGUAAAGUGUUAGCCUCCGUAUGACUCCAGACGCUUAACUACUGCACUGGCUAAGACAACUACAUUGACCAUCCACUAGUGAUUAAGCUGCAGCAGUUGUGGCAGCUUAAGUUGGAGCAAUGUAGUGUUUGCUUAACACUUUAAAUAUGCUUUAUCGUCAGGAAAUUAUAACUCUCUAGUUCACUAACAUUGUUCUUCAACUGUAAUUGGUAUUGCAUAGAAAUUGUAUCAAAUUACCUGCACUUAAAAUACAUUAUGUUGGUCCACCAUUUAUGCUAUGCUUCCUCAGCUGUUGCUGAGCACUAUGCAUAUACGUACCUUGGUUACACAGCUCAUUUGCAGACCACUAUUAGAUUUGCUUAAGAAAAGGGUAAUUCAGAACCUUCUUUACAACACUUUGUAAAUUUUGUCUUACUAAACAGAAUAUGGGUCAUAUAUUCAUUCAUUUUGUAUUCUCUAAAUUACACAGAUUGCACUGAUUUCAGUUCUGAGCUUUACAGAAUUGACACUUACAGACAGUUUGACUAUAUUCAUGGCAUAGUCAUUGUUGAUUUGAAUGUGUUUUUUGUUUCAUAGCCAAAGGCACACACUAUUGGCUUGUUUACUGCAGGUAUUUCUUCCAGAAAUCAAAAGAAGAUAUUUCUAAAGAGCAGCCUUUAAAUGAUUAAUAGACCAAAUCAAACAGUGUGCUUGAACACGUACUUUGCUUGGCUAUACUUACCACAUGCCUUACCAAGUUUAAUGUGCCUUUUCUAUCCUUGUUCUGAAAAACCAUGAACAUGUACAAUGAAGUUGAACAAGGUACCAUCACAAUGGAAAUCCCUUUUUGCCAUAUAUUUCAAUAAUACUGUUCAAUUACCCAAGUGCUUUUUUAAAUAAUGUAAUUAUGUGGGAAAUAAUUUUUGAACAUGUUCUGAAUGAUUGUGAAUGUGACCAUAAUUGAGUAACAGCCAAAUAAAUGCUUCCGUUUGUUA